AAGAACAACUCAAUACUAGCACUAGUGGUCAUGGUCAUUAUCAAUCCAUUAAAUGAACAAGCCAAAUAAUAACGAAACUAAUACCUUUGCGUAUCAUCAGUCAUUCUGCCACAACAGCAGCGUCUCUGUGGCAACUGAAGAAUGAGAGUAUACAGUCAUACACAUGAGCAUGUAUAUACACAAAACAGGAAUCGGGUCAUGAGGUACGUACCGCUCGACAAAGCGACCACAAGGCAAUUGAAAAAUCGAUAGGACGAUUUCUUUUCCCUUGUAAACAGAAAGUUCCCACGGAAAGUGUCCCAGUUCUCACCCACUGACCGACCGACCGACCGACCACCUAGGUUGCGCGAACACGAGCUAGUUGACGGAUAAAAAACGGAAGAGCACCGAGAGACAAACCAGAGAGCCGCAAGGUUAGCGAACGUUUAAAGGAUUAACAUAUCACUCAGCCAAGACAAAAGAUGUGAGACAGGAAGCCAAUACGAUGGUGAUAAGAGAAGAAAAAGUUGCAUUACGUUGGAAAAGUGCCUCAGGCCAGCAUUGAUCGGUGAACGGAUUUUUCACGCACACGUUGUGCAACUAUGGCUUGAGUGAAUUCACGUUUAGAGCUUGUACGAACUCUAACAUCAAGCAAGUGUACAAGUAGUAACGAUAUUUGUAUUAUUUGUAGUUGUACGAGGUAAGUCGUGGAAACUAGAUGUAACAUUGUGAGCGAGAAUAUGCACGACUAUGUUGAGGAUGGUCUGAAGCCUUGUAUAACGUUUCCCUGUGCUUCGCUGUGUGCAGUCGUUUUAGGCAGGGACAAAUCUUGGCGAAAUCUUCUGAAUGAGUAUGCCCUCAACCGCUGUGAAGAUAUUAUGCACCCCCCGGCGCCGUUAUCACCGCGGAACUACUACAAGUAUGCUCCAGUGACGCCACUCGAGGCCAAUAGAUCAUUUCAUUCGCGGAGGACGUGUUCACCUUUUUCCUACGGUAUUCACCCGAACAGUCCGGUUUUGCAAAAACGAAAGUUGCUCGCUGAAGGAUCGUACGUUACCGAGGGCGUUGGCAGGAGACCUCCGGAAGAAAAGGAUUAUCGGAUUCCAGAACCUGAAUACGACUACUCUCCAGCAAGCUGGCUCGAGUGGAAAAAGCACGUCUUGGCUCAAAAGCACAGCGUUGAAGAUCGACAAUCGACUAAGCGCAGACAGGAAGAUCAGCUCCUAAUCGAGCUGAAAUACUCACUGGAUCAAGACACAACAAGCACCGCUGGAAAACCUGUGGUAACCGUCAUCAAGAAGGACGAAACCAUGACACGCAAGGCCGUACAACCUGUGCGACACGUAUCGGAUACGAUGCCGUUCCUCCAACGUGCAGCAAUCUCCCCUUCAUUGCCACACUCACCUCGUUCUCCAGGGUCCCCUUACGCACAGCACUCGCCAAAAUCAGCGCUUCGACGACAGCCAUCUCUUCCUACACGGGCCAUGAUCUCCGGGUUCGAACACGAAGAUUACUCCCACGAACGCGAACAAGAGUUCCAACGGCCAGCCACCCCCACAAGAAUGAUCGUUCCUGAGAUUGUGCGUCAGAUGAAUGAGAUCUCCGAGAAGCAGAAACGGGAAUUAGAACGAACUGAGUCCCUGCGACAGCGAACCCGAGCUUAUACGCCGCCGCCUUCUCGACGCUCGAAAUCAAAGAGCCCAGUUCCAGUUCGAUCUGUGUCACCGGUCCGCUACGUGCAGAGAUCGUCGUCCCCCCAUGCCAUUGCUACACUGCAAGCUGUUAACGAAUCGUUACGAAAAACAGCUAAACAUCUAUCAGUAUCCAACGAAAAGCUUCAUAGGUUUACUCCGGAAAGAGUAUCUCCACCAAGGACAAUCACGCCCGUGGUGUCCGAGUCACUAACCAUGCCGUCCUCCGUCUCUUCGGCCCACUGGUACCAACCGGAUAUGACCCGUGACGCAGCCGUUGGCCACCUAAAGGACAAACAACCAGGUACAUUUAUCGUACGGAAUUCGACGAGCUACCCUGGAGCAUACGGACUUGCCAUGAAAGUUCCUGACAGAGGAGAACACACGAGCCCCGAGGAACUUGUUCGACACUUUUUGAUAGAGCCAGCCCCUGGCGGAGUAAGGGUGCGCGGUUCUGAUAUUGAGUCCGUGUUCAGUUCAUUGAAUGCCCUGGUAUACCAGCAUAGCCUACAGGCACUGUCACUCCCACACCGCCUUUUAUUAACCGAGCCUCCGAUCGAGCCAAAGAGCGCAGAUAAACUGUUACAAUCGUUGGCUGGUCUGGUACCCGAUUACAACCAUGGUGUGGCAUUCACGGUAUUGUACCUCGGUUGCCACAAGAUCGGCAUGCUAACAGGCCCUCACGCAGUCAAAAACGCUUUUGACCACCUCUUUGCCCAGCGUUCGGAGAAGGCUAUUACGAUCGCAGCCGUCAUCAUGAAAGUCAGCGGAGAGGGAAUUACGCUGACGGAUCACGAGAGACGGCUGUUCUUCCGUAUGCAUUUCCCCAUGAAGAAUUUUCGGUUUUGCGAUAUGGACCCGGCGCAUCGCCAUUGGGAGUAUCAAGACGAGUUUACCGGAGACCUACGUGCUCCCAGUUGUUUCGGACUCAUCUGCGCUUCAGCAACCGAUCCCCUCGAGAACGAGUGUCACAUGUUUGCCGAAUUUGAACAGCCCGCCAGUCUCUUAGUCGAAGAGAUCAAUAAGUAAAACGAAUGAUUUCGGUGAGAGCUUGGCGAAUGCUGCAGUUACAGGACUCUAUUUAGAGCUAAUUAAUGGCAGCGGCCACGUACGAACCCCGGUAGUAGAAGGCCCGUGUUUUUGUUGUUGCAAUAACAUGAACCACUACCACUAGCCGUUCUGUUCGCUGCUAUCGAAAUAGGCUAAAGUCUCUCUAAAUGUUAUGGCUAAUGUAAAUGGCUAAAUGUUUUCUACGUAGAACUGUUACAGCCAUGCCCGCGUCCCAACGGGAUGAGCUGACUAUGUAUUACACAUGUAAACCUUCUCAGUCAGAAGGUAUUUGAAACUGCCAAACGGACUAAUUGUCAUAAUAAUACUAUUGAAUUUAACUAUGUAUAACAUCGUAACAUUUUAUAUAGCAGAUCCUAUAAAUAUUAUGCAAUACAAAAGAAAGCUCUCGGAAGGCUGUGGGUCGAACCUGUGUUUGGGCUUUGCGAUUCGAGCGUAUACGAUCAGUGACCUAAAACGAGCAGCACAAGAUUGCCUCUACCUAUUUCGCAGAUGUGGCAUUAUAGCCAUACAGUAGGAUAUUGUAAGAUAUUUGACUUUCUCUCCCACGUAUGUUUAAGUAUGUUACGCCCGUACACGCAUUUAGUCAAGCUUAUCGUGCAAACUCUAAUAAGCCGCUAUUGAACAGCUGUUAAGCUCGCCGCAGAGACAUAGAGGGCUAGCACGGGAUGCCGUCUUUAUUUGUCAUCUAAUUUAAGGGUAUCGAACUUAAUAACAAAAUUAUUGUCGAUGUUUUAUAGGGAGCGAUUCAACGCCAGUCAGAUCUGCAUGAGUGUCUUUGUUUAGAUAGAUCUAAUCCUAUGCACGCGUUUAAUUCAAGAACCCUAACGUUCAUCGUUCAUUUAGUUUAAAUACACAAAUGAGAUAUUCCUGACAUUAUUUAUUACGCUGGCUAGUUAUUUUUUACCGGUCAACCAAGCUGUUGUUGUUUGUUCCGACUGGGGCGGAACUCGAACGUUCGAUUAUGUUAUACUUUUGAGCUAAGGAAAGAGAAGAAUACCCUUUUUACGGACGUUUCUACGAUUCAUCAACGACUACAUGGCAUACUUAUCGAUGUAUCGGAUAGCUCGCUCUGAUUACCUGGAUUUCAGUCUUCCGGACCGAGCUGUCUGAAGCUUUUCAGAUGACGGAAUUGAACGACGAACCCUUUUGAACAGGGUAAUCCGGGAUGUAAGAGAGAUGUGAAAAAGAUACGAAAUUUCGAAUUACGAACAUUACCAUACGAGAAAAGACUACAAGGUAAUGUUACUUUUAUCAAUACUUGGCUUUUGAUUACGACCACGGGUACAUGCAAGCUCACUAAAGAUUGAGAUUUAACAAAAAUCUCAUGACACCAAAGCAUUUACCAAAGAGGAAAGCAAAUUAGCAAUAUAAUAAAUGAACGAUGUUAAAGAGAAACAGACUAAUAAAUUUUUGAAGACGUCAAA